AGAUGGCAGUUGUCAUUUUCAAGCAAGUUCACUGAACAUUAGUUGACAGCUGGUAAAGUUUCUUUCUUUCCGAAUAUCAAAAUGACGGCCGCCGCUAAAGCAGAACCGGUGAAAAAAAUUAAGCGAGAUCCUGCUAAGAAUCCUAUGAGAGAAUUGCACAUUAGGAAAUUAUGUUUGAAUAUAUGUGUAGGUGAAUCUGGUGAUAGACUUACUCGUGCCGCUAAGGUAUUGGAACAAUUGACUGGUCAGCAGCCAGUUUUUUCAAAAGCACGUUACACUGUGCGAUCGUUCGGUAUUCGCCGUAAUGAGAAAAUUGCCGUGCACUGUACGGUACGUGGCGCUAAAGCUGAAGAGAUUUUGGAACGAGGUCUUAAAGUGCGCGAAUAUGAGUUGAGACGUGAUAAUUUUUCGACCACCGGCAAUUUUGGUUUCGGUAUACAAGAACAUAUCGAUUUGGGCAUCAAAUACGAUCCAUCAAUCGGUAUUUACGGUUUGGAUUUCUAUGUAGUCCUUGGUCGUCCAGGUUAUAAUGUUGCUCAUAGGAAACGUAAGGCGGGCAAAGUUGGUUACCCUCAUCGCCUUACCAAAGAGGACGCAAUGAAAUGGUUCCAGCAGAAAUAUGAUGGCAUUAUUCUUAAUAGUAAAAAAUAAAAAAAGCAAAAGUUAUUUCCUUUUCCAUAUAAA